AGUAACUUAAAAAACAACAACUGAGAAAUGAAGUUAAUAAGUAUUUUGCUUUUUAUUGUCUUGCCUGGAGCCUAUACUCAAGAUUCGGCAAUACAAAAUGGAGAUUGCGAAGACGCAUUAGGUACCAUUUCCGCAUCAUCAGACGAAAAUUAUGAUGAGAAUGACAAUAAUUGUAAAGAAUUUUACUUUGAUGCCGAAAAUCUGGGAGACCUCGAACGAGAAGUCGCAGCCUACGUUGAAAGUCAGUUAGUCAAUGAUCUGAAUGGCGUCACCACUGAAGCAAUGGAUGAAUCUAUUGCUACAACUACGGAAGCAAUGGAUGAAUCUAUUGCUACAACCACUGAAGCAAUGGAUGAAUCUAUUGCUACAACCACUGAAGCAAUGGAUGAAUCUAUUGCUACAACCACGGAAGCAAUGGAUGAAUCUAUUGCUACAACCACGGAAGCAAUGGAUGAAUCUAUUGCUACAACGUUAUUCAUACAAACAUCUACAUCUAUUGAUACCACUGAAUCAUACGAUAACAACAAAAAAUGUCCCCAGUAUACAAUUGGUUUUCCUAACAGACGUCAGAUACAAGAUUACGUCGUCGUAAACGCAUCAAUCCCGGAUAUGACCGAAGUCACCGUCUGUGCUUGGGUAUCUCCGAUUUAUGGCCAACAUGUAGAUGGCGCCGUGUUCAGCUAUGCAACACCUGGCAGUGAUAACACUUUACUAAUCGAAUUUGAGCCAGAACUGAGCGUUUAUUUAUAUUCAAAGAGGUUGACUUUAGAUGAAAUUGGGAACCAAAACGAAAAUCAUAUAUGCGUUGUUGUUUCCACAAUAAAUAACACUGUUCAUCUAUAUCUCAACGGAUCCAAACAUUCACGUAAAACAUUGACCCAUGAAAUUACCAAAAUCAAAGGUCAAGGAACUGUGGUACUUGGGCAAGAUCAGGAUGAAAAACUGGGUGGAUUUCAAGCCGAAGAUUCUUUCCUCGGUGUCAUAAAGAAUUGCAUGCUCUGGAAUCGCACUUUAACUUCCAGAGAAAUUGAAGAUAUGCAGAAUGAUUGCAACUGUCCAAAAGAUUACAUUCUGUCUGCCACAAAAAAUGACCACAUAGUCGGAAACGUGACUUCUGAAUUCUUCGAUACAUGCUGAAAAAGUAUCAUGUUGAAUUUAAAUUCGGCGCUCCAGAAGUGUGUGUACCAAUGUGGAGGUAAC